CCUGCCUCGCCGGGUUUUGCCUCCCAAACUUCAUCCCUAACCCCCUCCUCCCCUCCCCCCCGUCCCCCGCCCGCUCCCCCGGUCCCGGGAGGAGCCGCCAGCCAAGAUGUCCCGGUCCAACCGGCAGAAGGAAUACAAAUGCGGGGACCUGGUCUUCGCCAAGAUGAAGGGUUACCCGCACUGGCCUGCCCGGAUUGAUGAGAUGCCAGAAGCUGCAGUCAAAUCCUCCUCCAAUAAAUACCAAGUCUUCUUCUUCGGGACCCAUGAAACGGCAUUCCUGGGGCCCAAAGACCUCUUCCCCUACGAGGAGUGCAAGGAGAAGUUUGGAAAACCCAACAAGCGGAAAGGGUUCAGCGAAGGUUUGUGGGAGAUUGAGAACAACCCCACAGUCAAAGCCUCCGGUUACCAGCCCACCCAGAAGAAGAGCUGCCCCGAGGCGGCCGAGCGGGAGCCGGAGGGAGAUGGGGAGAAGAAGAGCAACGCGGAGGGCAGCAGCGAUGAGGAGGGGAAGCUGGUGAUCGACGAGCAGUCCAAGGAGAAGAACGAGAAAGCCGGGAUCAAGAGGAAAGCGGAAGAUGCUUUGGAGGACUCCCCGAAACACCCCAAGGAUGCGGAGGGGCAGGAAGGGGACAAGAAGGUGGACAACGAAGAAGCCCCCAAGGAGGAGCCCAAAGCCAACCCGGGCGAUGGGGAGAAGAACAGUGACACCGCCGACGCACCAGACACCAACGAAGCCAAGCAGGAGAGCAAGGAGGAGGUCAGAGAUCACAAGGAGAGCCUGUAGUGGCUUCCCCGGCGAGCUGAACCUUCCCUGCCGGGUCCUGGGUGCUGCCCCGCGUCGCCCACGCCGGCUCGUCGUGUCCGGAGCUCCGGACGAGAGAAACCACCCCAAAAUUAAAUUUCAAAAGGAAAAAAAAAAGAAAAAAACUACAAAAAAAAAAAGAGAGGAAUGCAGAGCAGCCCGGUACUGACCCCGAGUGCUCCGUGCCUGCCCUGCCACGGGCGCACGCUUUGUAUUAGUGAUUCCUCGGGGCUGAGCAGUUGAUUUGAAAUAAAAGCGAAUCUUGCCUUUUUAAA